AUGGCGGAAUCUACACAGACGGCCCAAUCUCCAAUGUCCUGUCAACUUUGUAAUAAUAAUGUUGUCAUAAUUAAAUGGAAAUGUACCGAUUGUGAAUUAUUGUUGUGUGAUAACUGUAAAAUAAACAUUCAUUCUCGAUUUAAAUCGUCGGAUCAACACAGAGUCGUAUCCAUCGGAGACAUUGGUAAUGAUAUCACAGAUCACCUUAAAGCUCUAGACAUUUCAGAGGCAAAAUUACAAAAGAACUCUAUUAAAGUAUUACAAAAGUUCGAUAUUGAGUGUCAGGACUUUGCAGUGAAUCGAAAUAGUGCAAUAAUCUUUGCACCAUUCCCUAGAUCAGAGUUACACGCUGAAACAUCAACUGGCGAUUUAAGAACUAUUUUGAAAGCUUCUCCGUAUAUUAUUUUGGCAAUUCAUAUGAACAAACAAGGUGAACUUCUUCUUGGUCUAAGAGAACAGGGACCUAAAUAUCCAGUGACAGAUUUUUGCACAAGACAAGUGGUUAUUCUUGAUACCGAUAUUCUACGUAAAGCAACUUAUGAAUAUGAUGACUCAGGAAAAAAGUUGUUUAGUUAUGCUGUUUUAAUUGAAAGUGACUCAGAUAAUAACAUUUAUGUAGUAGAUAUCAUUAGCGACAACACAAAUGGGCGAAUAGUUGGCUUGGAUAUCAAUGGAAGAAAAAAGUUUAUAUACCAAGGAUAUAACAUUCUCAAUACACAUGAAACGCCCUUCACACCUACUGGCAUUGCUGUGACAUCAACAAAUAUUGUAUUAGUAGCAGAUGGACAAAACCACGCAAUUCAUGCUUUAACUCAAAAAGGGGAAAUAUGUGGACUACAAAAAACUGAAAAUAUGGGAAUACGUUUCCCAUACAGUUUAUCUUUUGAUUCGGAGGAUUUUUUAUUGAUUGGAUGCUCUAGAGGUAAUACGGAAAUCGAACAGUACGCAAAAGUACACGCUGUAAAAACAUCUAUACAGAACUAA